AUACAUACAGUAUAUCCACUAUAAACUCAAUACAUAUUUACUACUCUUAUAUGCAUAAGAAGGGCAUGAUUUCUCGGGUAUACUCCCAGAUAUUGUCCACAGUACAGGAUCAAGCUAGUCUCCACAGCAGAGCGCAGUGGUCCCCGGAUGUUGGAGAAUUUGCUGGAGAUGUCUGGGAUGCUGCCCUGGAAUCUGUUCUAGGAAAUUUCUCUUUCUCCUUACAUAAAUUGUCUCAAUUGUUUAUUCUCCAUCGAGCAUAUAGGACCCCUGUGCAACUGUAUCGGUGGGGCAGGCUUGAAUCACCAGAUUGUUCAAUAUGUAGGGUCCAACAGGGUAACUUCAUUCAUAUGCUCUGGCGUUGCCCAAGUUACAUAGAUAUUGGGAUGAGGUUCUUCAAUUUAUUUUGCUAG